GUCCCGCGAAUAGCAGUGGUAGACUUCGGCGAGUCGCGCAUGAUGGAGAAUCCAUUCGAGUUGGACCUGCGCAAUCGGGGGACAGAGAUCAUCAAGGGCCCCGAGAUGCUGGAGCUCGACUUCGUGAGUCGCCGGGACUCCAAGGCGCACGACAGGCGCAAACGCGUUGGCACCAACAAGGCUGCCGACAUCUGGUCCCUGGGCUGUCUCUUCUUCGAGCUGCUGACCGGUCGCUUCCUGUUCGAGGAUUAUGACUUCGCAACGCAUUGGGCAUGUGCUACUGGCAAGUCCGGCCAAGAUGUUGUCAACGAGGCAAACGAGCGACGGUUGGAGAACAAUGGACCCCUGCUGGAAUACGUGCGGUACUUGCUCGUUCGCGAUGCAGAUCGGCGUCCGACCAUCGGGAUGGCGUGUAAGAGGUUCGACAGUCUGGCGAGUUCCAUGACGGGCUCAGCUGCGGCUGGCGGC